GUCUGGGUAGGUGCUAUGUACCUACAUACCUGUAGUUAUGUACCUGGCACUACCUGCACAUGCAUAUGUCACUGGUGUGUACGACUACAACUUGAAUUCAAGGUUGUUUGUUGCCGUUGCCAUUGCCAUUGCCAUCUACUGCCUUCUUGUCUUUGUCACUAAAAAAGAAAAAGAGGAAGAUAAAAGAUCAAAACAGUUGAGGUCCACAAAGUCCUACGCGUGUCUUUCUUUCAAUCAGCCCAUUCGUUCAUAGAUAACUCGUCAUACCGCUUAGGCAAUCUUCAUUCAAUAUUCCCGCUCGUGGUAGUUAUUGAUUUCUUUGAUUUCUAGAAAUUACCUGAGCGACCCUGAGUUUGUCAAAUUCUCACUGCAAAGUUGAUGCUCAUUGACGCUGUAUCGUCUUACAAUCAAUCGCCACCGCGCUUUUGCUUUUCUGUUUGCUACUCAUUUUGUCGAGUCUUCUACAGGGUAAUCGAUUCUUCCAAGGUUCCUUGAUUGGCAAUCAUAUAGAUACCUGCCUAUCCGUACAUCCGUACAUCUGUACUUCUAUCUUCCUUUUGCUAAAGUGUCACUUUGUUAUUUCAGUGUCAUGUUGUACUAAGAGGCUAGAUACCUGUGUGCACUACAUACCCACCUAACAGACAAUGGAUUAUGGAAGGCUUCGGGCUGCGGCCCUGAGCAACGGCGAAGAUGAGGAAGCAGUAACGGUAGAUACUCGAGCCCUGAUAGAUAAGGUUUUAGCAAGAUAUUCGGGAGAAUGGACAACAUUGCGCGAGCUCAUCCAGAAUGCCGCCGACGCCCAGGCUACCACCGUCAAGAUCAAGUGGGAAACACUUCCCUCGACCCAAGUACCUUUACCCACCACCACAGACCGCUCCGAAAUCCUGAAACAUAUCAUCACAAACCACACCCUUCGUCGACUUGUCGUGCAGAACAAUGGCCAGCCAUUCACAAAGACGGACUGGGGAAGGCUGAAGAGAAUUGCCGAGGGAAACCCUGACGAGACCAAAAUCGGUGCUUUCGGUGUUGGCUUCUACAGCGUUUUCGCCGACUGCGAAGAGCCUUUUGUCAGCUCCGGCAACGAGGCUAUAGCUUUCUACUGGAAAGGAAACGCUCUCUUCACCAGAAAACUACAGCUCCCCGAAGAUCAGCAAAGCCCUGACACCGCCUUUGUUCUGGAUUAUCGAAACACAACCACCACCUUACCGAACCUACUAUCUGUCAGCCAGUUCUUAGCAACUAGUUUGACAUUUGUAGCCCUUCAACACAUCGAGUUCUGGAUCGACGAUUAUAAGAUUCUCCAUCUACAAAAGAAAACCAGUCCCAGUGCCGAUGUUCCUCUGUCGAGGGAUGUGGAAACCACCACCAAGGAACGUCUCAUGAAAGUACAGAGUGUCGAACGCGCGAGCGCACAGAUUGAUGCUUCUUUCAUGAGCGCUAUUGGAUGGAAACCGGAAGUAGCUGCGGCAGCCAAAAGCGAAGCGUAUGGAUUCGGUAAUUCGGAGAUACCAUCUUUGCGCAGUUUCUUUAACAGGCUUACUGCAAGCGCAUCCACAUCGAAGAAUAGCAAAGUAGUAAGGGAAGAGAGGGCAGCCCAAGAAACCAUAUCGGAAGACAUCACGGUGGUUUCGACGUCAAACAUAUUCCUUAGAGUAACUACAGCAGCUAUAAGGACGUCUGUUUCUUCCAACUUCUCCGCGGAGCUAGAGAGGGCUACUAAAAAACCACCGCCAAAAAUAGCUAAAUUAUCGGUAUUGACAUCCUCGUAUGACGAGACGCAGGCCUCGGAGAGUGCCACAAGCUCCAAAGCCGUGUCCAAGGCUACUAAUGUCUUUGCAUCAGUACUCCCAAGCAAGAAGGGCGGGCGAAUCUUCAUCGGAUUCCCUACCACACAGACUACGGGUGCGGGGAUUCAUAUAUCAGCACCAUCGGUCAUUCCCACCGUAGAGCGAGAGGCGAUCGACUUGAACGCGAGAUGGGUGAGAACAUGGAACAUUGAAAUGUUACGGGCAGCUGGUAUCAUGACCCGACUAGCCUUUUCAAAUGAGAUGGCAGAAUUGCAAGAUAAGUUGCAACGAGCGGCAGAAACAUCAAGCAACAGUGUCACGUCAAAGGAGGUAGCUAAAUACAUGCCCGAGGCUUUGCACAUCUUGAAGGCUUUCACUUUUGGAGAUUCCACGCCCAGCGGCCAUGUUUCUCAGAUAAUCGAAGAAGCCUUCUGGACAUCAUACAAGAAGCCCUAUGUAGAAAUUUACAGCAGCCGAGGCGUACUGCCAACUAACAAAGUCCGCCUUGGCUCUGAGGAGCUUGCCAAAUUCGUUGACGGGAUUCCAGUCAUUCCUCCUGAGCUUGGGACUACAGGAUUUGUGCAGAAACUAGCUGAUUUUGACCUGCUAUCCCCAAUAACCGUGGAUGACGUUCGAUUAGAAUUGUCCGGAAAGCCGCUCAACAAGGCCCAGCUCAUCAGUUUUGUACAAUGGGCCAGUAAGAAAGCUCUACAAGGGGAACUUGAUCCAACGAGCAAAGACGGGCUGCUUGAUGUCGCGGUGGGUCUUCUCAGUGAAGAUAAUACCGACCAAGGUGGUAUCAUUGCCCUAGGGAGCAUCAAGAAUUACUUGAGCCCAAGCAAAAUACCGGCUGGUUUGCCAAUUCCACCCACAACUAUACCCUACGAUCUCACUAAAAAUUGUGCCGAGAAUGAGUUGCAAGCCCUAGGCUGGGAAUCCCUUGAAAUUGUUCCCUGGGUUCGAUUUUUGGUCGACACCCGCGCGAGGGGACCCGAUGAGCAAAAUCUAACCAAGUCUCCCGACUUUUCGAUCCGUAUCCUGACAGUUUUAUCAAGGGGGUGGGACAACCUCAGCCAGAGCUCAAAAGGGACUGUCGCAGCGCUACUUCAGAACCAUACCGUUAUGCCAACCAAGCUAGGCAUGCGGAAGCCAGCCGAAUCGUUUUUCCAGAGUGUAAAAUUGUUUGAUGAUCUUCCAACUAUUGAGGGAUGUUCCGCCCUCAAGGAAAAAUUUCUCACUGCCAUGGGCGUUAGAAAGACUGUAGAUUUGGACACCAUCUUUACACGUUUACUCAAUCGUUCAGCCGAGACUAGCUCUGGGGAGGCAAAAUGGAGUCAUGUUGAGCUCAUUAAAUAUCUAGCGUCAGUACGAAAUGAUAUUCCGAAGGAUGACCUGAAAAAGCUCAAGGACUCCCGUAUAUGCCCAGCAGAAGCGGGACAGCCCGGUUUAGAGUCAGCUAAACCAAGCUCACAGCUGUAUAAAGUCUCGGAGCUCUAUGAGCCCAGAGGUCCGCUUCGACCACUUAAAUUGAAGAUCAUUCAAUGGCCGGGUGGUAACUUACGACUGGGAUCACCGGAGGGGAGAUUCUUGGCUGAUUUGGGCUUACGCCCAUACCCAUCAGCCCCUGAGCUUGUUGAUAUGAUGGCUUCCCCAGAUCAAGCAACGAGGGCAAAUGCUAUGCACUAUUUUAUUACUUACCAUCAUAGCAACGGUUACUCAGCUUUUAACAUUGGGGCAACGCCCAAGGCAUUUCUCCCUCUGCAAGGGAACCCUAAGCAGCUGGUAGCCCCAUAUCAAUGCUUUACCAACGAGGCCGCCGCCACUUUGGGAUUUAGCAUCUUGAAGAAGGAAUUGCAUGUUCAUGCCUCUAAAUUUGGCGUAGCCGCAGAUCCUCCCAUUGCUGAAUGUGUCGAGCAACUCAUCAGCAAGCCUCCCCAGAAUCCUCAAGAAGCCGUAUCUCUAUUCGGGUACUUCGCAACCCGCAUCAACGAACUGGGGAAUAACACGAUUACUAAACUUCGUGAUGCUUAUAUCGUACCAGUCGCACGCAAGAGACGACAGUCGCUUUCCCAAACAUCCAGCGCAAACGAGAAAGAUAGUAAUUUUCUCCACCUAAGCCCUCGCAAUUGUUACCUAGGUAGCUCGACGAUGUAUGAGGAGAUUUUUGACUUUGUUGACUUUGGCAACUCCGCAAAUGCUUUUCUUUCCGCUUGCGGUUCGAAAACCGAACCGACCAAACUAGAAAUCGCUCAGUUAGCAGCUGGUGAACCGGCUAGGCUAUUGAGCGUUCUUCAGAGCUCGGAAAAGUACCUGAACCUGUUGAGAUUCUUAGCUGAAGACAUGGCCACUCUUAAAAGAGACAAGGAGCUGUGGAGAAAGAUGAAGUCUUCGCCAUUUUUACUGGCUUUUAAGGAAAUCAGCGGUGCCAAAGAGAAGGUAUCGGACACCGAAGACGAAGCACCACCAAUCAGGCACUAUCAGCUUGCUACUCCGACAACCAUUGUCAUUCUAGAUGAUUACAUCAGCUACCGUUUGUUUAAAGAUCACCUGAUAUGUGCGCCUGAAGAAGAUGUCUUGGAAUCUUUCUACAUAGCCCUUGGCUCCCAAACUCUUUCUACCAUCGUAGAGGAUGAUCUUAAGAUCGGGCCGCAAAACGAAAAGCAGGAUGGUGCAGUUUGGCUUCGGAAGCAUGUUCUCGAGCGGUCAAAGCUCUUCAUCCACGAAUAUUCGAAAUAUACACGCGAUGCCAUCAAGCAUGAUGCGAAAUGGCUUGAGAAGAAUCUGACUGUGGAGGUUGUAAGAACCAUCUCACUUCGUCGAUCGCUCCGUGGCCAGAGCCGAUCACAUACAGAAAAAAGGUCAGCUGCGAGUAGGAAAAGCUCAAAUGGUUGGGUUCUUUACGUCGCAUCCGAGUCUGCUCGUCCCGAUAUGUAUCAGGUCGGGCAAGCAGUGUGUCAACCUCUCCUGAAUCGGCCAAAUCAGCAGGCUUAUUUCUUCUUUGAACCUUUUCUGAAGCUCGACUUGCUCGAUUUAAGGGCUCGUGGAUACAAUGUUGACCGUAUCCUCAGAGCUAAAGCCGCCGAGGCUAGAAUUGCUGACGAAGAGAGACGUAAGGCCUUGGAGGCUGAGCAAGCUAGGAUCAGAGAACGGGAGGAUGAAUUCAGAAGACACAACCAGACAGCCGUGACACCUGCCGCCGCGAGGGAACAAAACACAACGUCACUACCGCGUAUGCCUGGCGGGUUUGACUCUCCCGAGGACGAUGAUUCGUCAGCCUUGGCCCCAACACCUACACAAGGUAGAAAAAGUAAAGGGCUUUUCUCAAACCUCUCGAGGCGGUUUGGAUUUGAUACAUCCAGCGAGGCAGAGGACAACUUGAACAAAUUUAUGGGCUCCAACCCCGAUCCAGUUAAGCUCCCACCAGCCGAGUCAUCGGGCUCCAAGCAUGGUCAGAAUGGCAAGGUUACAAAUCCGGCCGUCAUUCAACAGAAUCUUCUCAAUGCCGUUAAGUCAACACGAGCACACGAUUCCUCGCAGCUCUUCUCUCCACCAACCACUCGAGAAGUCAAGGAGCAGGCCACGUAUUGUGAUGAUACUAUAGGAAAGGAUCUCAACCUCGUGGCUGAGGCCUCAAAUAGUAUGCGCGUGUUUGUGUCAAACGCAAUCCCGAAUUUUGAUCCAGGCCAGUUUCUUCAGAUGAACCAUGGCCCUAUAAAUACAUUUGCAUCGCUCCUCACGGAAGUAGGUAGCAUAUAUUCGAUCAAUCGAACGGCACUGCACAUAUUCUACGAUGAGGACGGCGGCACAAUCGCAUUUAACCGUAAUGGUAGUAUCUUCUGUAAUCUGCGGUUCUUCAUCCAACUCCAUGCGGAACAUCUCUCCGGAGAAGGUAGAGCUUCGGCAGCUGUCUGGUGGUGGGUUGUGCUCGCUCAUGAAUUGGCUCACAACCUCGUUCACCCCCAUAACUCUGAGCACAGUUAUUAUACUGAAUCAUUCAUUCAGCAAUACUUCCCCAAGAUGAUGAUGAAGGCGACACAGUUCAUGGCAGUUCCGUCGACAUCAUUGCCAGCAUUACCGGCAGACCAGUCAAUGUCCCAGGCAGCUGCUGGGCCAUCAGGCGCGCCGCCCCCUUACCAAGAGCAUUAAGGCGCUACGAAACUUCCCACUUAAGUAAAUACUAAGGAAAUCAUACAUACGUGUUAGAGAGUACGUGGCUCCCUGUCUUGUGAGUCCUGGAGGACAAAAGUUCACUCUGGGGUUCACCUUACGAAGUCUGCCAGCCUUGUCUAUAGAUAUUUCCGAACCUAGACUGUAGAGACGAAGCACCACCAUGGGCAUGUUUUGAACAGAGCUGGAUAGCGUAAUGCAGCUAUUGUUCUGCUUUUACAUUUGCAUUGCAUUCAUAGAAGGGAGCGACGACCACUGUAUAAUAUAGUAAUAGGACACGACACGACAAGAGCACGACAAGAACAUGAGAGGACGCCCAGCGGAUGCAAUUGGCUUAGAAUGGCUACCUUACUAGAUUUUUGUACCUUUUUUUUUCACAGGUAGAUAGGUACAUACCUAGCCUAGAUACAUUGCUAAUGGCGCAAGUAAUGCAAGCGGAUACGGCAGUUUGGUACGUAUAAAGGAAAUUGCUGUUUUUGUUCGUUGAUGCGUUUGUCUGUUUGGCUGCUUGUCUAGACUGCCGUGUUUAAUGUGAUGAUACAAUUAUCUCUA